AUGGUUGGGUUAGUGGCUCUUGCCUCUGCCUACCCAGAUGCAGAUAAAGUAGCUAGCUUACCUCAAAUGCCAGAUUUAUCUUUUGGCCUCUAUUCAGGUUAUGUUCCAGUCGAUGGCACUUAAAAGUAACUUCAUUAUAUGGGUGCACUCAGUUAGGGAGACCCCAAGAAGGAUCCUGUCAUUGUCUGGUUCAAUGGAGGGCCAGGAUGCUCCUCAAUGCUUGGUAUUUUCCAAGAACAUGGACCAUAUGUGAUAGAGGAUGGAACCACCAACUUCGUAAAGAACAAGUAUUCUUGGAACAAAGAGGCUAGUGUUUUCUAUCUUGAAAGUCCAGCUGAUGUAGGCUAUUCACUUUGCCCUGACCCAACUGAAUGCAAAUGGAAUGAUGAGAACUCUGCUGAUGAUAAUCUAGUUGCUGUAAUUAACCUUUUACAAAAGUUCCCAGAAGUAAUGAAUAAUGAACUCUAUAUAGCUGGAGAGUCAUAUGCUGGCAUUUAUGUUCCAAAGCUUACUUAGAGACUUGAUAAAUAUCUUACUGAUAAUGCAAAGACUGGAAAAUACCUUCCAAACUUGAAAGGCUUUAUGGUUGGUAAUGGUGUUACUAACUGGAAGUAUGAUACUCUUCCAGCUUUCAUCUAGAUGGGUUACUGGCAUGGUCUCUAUGAUGAUGAUCUCUAUAACGUUAUUAAAGAUUGCGAUUUCACUUACUAUCAAUUCGAACCAACUAAAAUUACUGGAGAUUGUAAGACUGCCUUUGAUAGAUUCACUGAGUUGACUGGAAAAAUAAACGGAUAUGAUGUAUUUGGUAAAUGCUACCUCCCAUCCAUGCAAAUGUACAUGUAUGGCACUAACAACGAUAAUGGCUUCUUGCAAGUAGGAAGUGAGAAGAAAGAACCCAUGAAAUUCUUCACUGCUAGAGACUACACUCCAUGGGCAUAACCUCACAGAGACCUCAAGUAGCUUCAAGAGAUUCCCCGUUGUGUGUAUGCUGCCCCAGUUGUAGCAUACUUGAAUGAUCCAACAAAUAGAUUGGCUCUUCAUAUUGAUAAGACUGCUAAGGUAUGGGACCUAUGCGCUGAUGUUGACUAUACUAGUGACAGAAAAGGGUCAAUCGAUGUUUACCCACUCCUUAAAGGAAAAUAUAGAAUGCUUAAGUACUCUGGUGAUGCUGAUGGUUCAGUCCCAACUGCUGGUACCUUAUCAUGGAUUCAAGAUCUUGCCUGGAAAGUAACUGAUUAAUGGAGACCAUACUUCGUCACUGACGAGUUUGGACAAUAGCAAGUAGCUGGAUAUGUUGAGGUAAGAGAAGGUGGAUUCACAUUCGCUUCAGUCCAUGGUGCAGGUCACAUGGCUCCUCAAUGGAAAAGACAACAAACUUACCAUGCUGUCUUCUAGUUUAUUAAAAAUCAAGCACUAUGA